AUAAGCCCACUCACCACACUGAUUGCGCAUUGUUUUGUCACGACGAUUCUGUCACUCACCAGAGCGAUUACACACACUGGCUGAUUACUUGGCUUACAGAUUCUGCUCACUCAGUGAAUGUGUUUUUAAGUUCUAUUUAGGCCUACAUUACUUAAAAUUAUAAUUUAACAAAAUGAUGCGGUGUAGUAGAAUAUUUGCUUUCGUAAGCCAGAGGAAUUUGGCACUUAGUAAGGUUACUCAGAGGUCUUUGUUGGUGAGUUCACAACAUCAGCGUGGCAAGUCAACUGUUGCGGAGACAGCGGCUCAUGAUGUCCAACCUCAAAAGGAAUCAAGAUCAUUUGCUAUGGGUCUGUUUUGUGGCCAAAUCAAUCCUGAACAAGUUUUUCCUUUUCCAAAUGCACUAACAACAGAACAAAGAGAAGCAAUUGAAAUGUAUAUUGAUCCAGUAACAAAGUUUUUUGAGGAAGUAAAUGAUGCUAAUAAGAAUGAUAAUAUGGCAGCCAUUGAAGAGAACACAAUGAAAGGCUUGAAAGAAAUGGGAGCUUUUGGACUUCAGGUUUCUACAGAACACCAUGGUUUAGGACUGACAAAUACACAGUAUGCUCGAAUAGUGGAAAUAGUAGGAGAAUAUGACCUGGGAAUCGGUAUAACGUUAGGAGCCCACCAGUCGAUUGGAUUUAAGGGAAUCUUGUUGUUUGGUAACCCAGAGCAGAAGGCUAAGUACCUGCCCAAGUUGGCUGUUGGAGAUGAGAUCGCCGCAUUUUGCCUUACUGAACCCUCCAGUGGAUCCGAUGCUAGUUCAAUUCGCUCAAAAGCAGUACUUUCUGAUGAUGGGAAGCACUACAUUCUCAAUGGAAGUAAAAUCUGGAUAAGUAAUGGUGGAAUCGCCAACAUCUUCACUGUGUUUGCUCAGACCCCAGUCACAGAUGCUGAUGGUAAUACUACUGAUAAGAUCACAGCGUUCAUUGUAGAGAGGAGCUUUGGAGGAGUCUCAAGUGGUCCACCUGAGAACAAGAUGGGCAUUAAGUGCUCAAAUACUGCAGAAGUCUACUUUGAGGAUGUGAAAAUCCCAUUGGAUAACAUUUUAGGAGAAGUAGGAGAGGGAUUUAAAGUCGCUAUGAACAUUUUGAACAAUGGACGAUUUGGAAUGGGAGCAGCAUUAUCUGGGACAAUGAAAGGACUUAUCAAAAAAGCUGAAGCAGCCUGGUUUGUUGCUGAUGAAGCAAUUCAAAUUUCUGGUGGUAUGGGAUACAUGAGGGAUAGUGGAAUGGAGCGUGUAAUGCGUGACUUGAGAAUAUUCCGUAUUUUUGAAGGAACAAACGAUAUCUUGCGAUUGUUUAUCUCCCUUACUGGUCUGCAGAAUGCUGGAAAACAUUUGAAAGAGUUACAAAAAGCAUUCAAGAAUCCAGGUGGAAAUUUUGGAACUAUUAUGGAAGUUGUCAACAAAAGAGCAAAAAGGAUGGUAGGAGUAAGCUCAGCACCUUCACUCGAUCAGUAUGUGCAUCCUAGUUUAAAAGACUCCGCCAGCAAGACUGCCAAAGCAAUGGAGGACUUUGGCUUUUCGGUUGAAGACCUCUUGAUUAAACAUGGCAAAAAUAUUGUUGAGCAGCAGUUUCUGUUGUGGAGGUUGGCGGAGGCAACCAUUGAUAUCUAUGGCAUGGUUGCUACUCUUUCAAGAUGCUCAAAAUCUCUGAGCGAUGGAGCUGAAAGUGCAGACUAUGAGGCUAACCUUUGUAAGGUGUUCGUCAACGAGGCAUCAGUGCGUGUCUCCAAAAAUUUAGCUUAUUUGAAAUCGAGUACAGAAAAGGAAAAUUGCAAAUCGAUGACCGAAGUCUCCAAGAGCGUAAUUGAAAGAGGAUCAGUAGUGCAGCAACAUCCUCUCGGAUUCUAAGAUGUCUUAAGAAAUGUUAUAAUAUAGUAAAAUAAUAUAUGGAUAAUUGUGUUGAAAUCAAUGGAUGGAUGAAAUUGUAAAAUGAAAGAGGAAAACAUAUUAGUAAAAUAUGUACAGUAACAUAUCAUGUUUAUUGUGUAAUCUUCAAUAUUUUUGUUUUAUUUAAUGAUGACUGAGUAAGCUUUCUUCUUAUAAUUCAUUAGCUUAAGCACUAUUAUACAUUAUUACGUUUUAUGUGACUAAUAACUCUAAAUUAUAAUAAUAAUUUUAAUUAUGAAUAUUUAUGUGGCGCACAAUUUGCUACAAAGAAAGCGUAUGCUAACACUUCUUAUUUCACUAUAAGAAUUUAAAAAGACUGCUUUUAAAGCCAUUUUCUAAAUUGUCCAUACAGUAUAUGGGUCUGAUAUGCUAUCGUCAUGCCCAUAUAUGACCAGAACACACGUAUUUGUCUCAUAAAAUGUUAUAGUGUUGUUAUAGAGCUAUAGGAAGUCUGUUUAAAGAAGUUUGUAGAUUUGUUGUGUGGGGAAGUGCAGCAAAUGUUGUGAGAACUUGCGUUCAUGCACCACAAAGUUUGUGUGGAUAUGUUAUACUCAUGGGGUGUUCGUCUGGGCAUGGCUAGCUUUAAUACCUUGUGCUUAUGUUAGUGUGUUGUGUGGGCUAUUUUUAAGCUACUGAAACCAAAUUCAUAUUUUUUUAUGUAUGUUUUCUCAAUAUAUUUAUUCUUUGAAUAUAUCUUGCAUUUAUGUUCAAAGUAUGAUAGAAAAUAAACUUAGUUUAGUGUUAUCAUGCUCUAUGCUAUUAUCAGCACACUUUCUGAAGGUUGAAUGACCAGCUGGUUGCAAUACUGUACAGUGGUGGCAUCAUAAACUCCUGAAAGAUGGGUCCAAGUUGCCCAAUGAGGUCCAAGGUUCUAAGGGUUAACAAUUCACAUCAGUCCCACUGUAUUUGCAGCAAAUUUGAAGAAUAGGCACCAAGAUGCCUGGAAAUCGCACUGUCAGGCUGUAAUGCUGUAAUGUUUAUUUUUAAAGCAGCGUUCUUUGAAGAAAUAAUUGAAUUCUUUCUUGACUGGACCUCCAGUUAGUGCUGCUACUGAUACUAGACACUUGAACUGUGUUUAGUAAUGCUUGGAUGAUUGUGAAACCAUUCUGUGCUUCAUAUGAGUUACCUGAAAACCUUGUAUUCUUGUUUUAAUAAAAAUUACAUAUAUAUUGGUAGCAAUUUGAUGAUUGGUUGAAUUUUCUGAAUUUAAUAUACACAGUGGAACUCAUUUGUGACACCCUGGCCUAUUUAUAAGUGGACACCUUUUGGGCCAUGAAUCAAGGGAAAGUAUAUAAUUUAACACAAAAGCCAACUGUAAUUGAGGGGCCACCCCUAUUAAUGGGUCACUAUUUUUGGUCCUGAAGGUGUCUCCUUAAUAGCAGUUCUACUGUAAUUAGAAUGUCAACAUUUUUGUAAUUUCAAUUCAAAAUCGGUGUAUGAAAUAGGUGAAUACAUUCACAAAAUUUAGCAACUUAAAAUGCUAUACAAUAGAUUAUUAAGUACAUGAAAUUUCAUUCCUGAACCACAAUAUAUUACAAUAUUUAUUAUUACUCAGUACUCUAUUUCAGUUAAAAAAUACUAUACAGCUUUAUAUACAAUAUAUUAUAUAUUUUAAUAUUGAUAUUAUUUGCACGAUUAGUUGGUAUUAAUAUACUGAUAUAUAUAUAUGAACAACUUAGUUUCACAUUAACCUUAUCUUUCUAUCAUAUUGCUGUAUUAAAUUUAUGUUGAUACUAUACGUAAUUCUGAGACAAUUCUCAGAGUGGUUUUAGGUCAAAACCUAAAAAUAGCUAAUACAUCAGAAGUCUGCAUUAUGGGCAAUGUCGGUACAAUCCUUAAAUUAUUGAGGUUAAAGCAAUCAUCAAGCACCGCUUUGUAUCAAGGGCUUUAGACUUAUUCAAAAUAUUGCUUCUUGUGUGGACCUCACAUUUAUGGGCAUAAUAACUGUUUACUUCGUUUUAAAGUAAAUUCUUUUUGAACUGUUUUUUUUAAUCAAAACUUACAUAUUAUAUUAAUGUUAAUAUUGUUAAUCUUGUUUCAUUUAUCUCUUUUUAUCUUCAUUCUUCUUACUAACUCUAUUUUAUAUUUCCAACAGCUAACACAAAAACGGAUGUAAUUAACUUCUUUUCUUCCUUGAAAUUGACUAACUCUUUAAUUACAUCACCUAACCCUUGAAAUUACACGGUACAUUCGAAAAUUAUUUGCUCUUUAUUCAUGCAUUAUUUUAAUAUUAUUAUUUUACUUAUUUUACAUAAUAAAACACCCCAGUUUUACACUGAAAGGUGUUACCACGAUGCAAAUUCUCAGUAAAAUCCAAGUUGUUUAUAUUUUUCAUAGUUAUCGUUUUCGCCAUAGUUGUGCAACAGAUACAAUGCAAUUGUCUUAAUGAAGAUAUUUUUCCUGUGUUGUAUAUUUUUAAAAUGAAUAUUUAAUAUCAGUCAGUUUUCAAUGCACUGACUCAGUGGUAAAUCCGUUAUCAGGACAACAAAUUAUUUAGUUUAUUAGUGAGAUUUCGCAACCUUACGAAAACGAUAACGAAUACGAAUACGUCAUUAUUAUAGUCAUUCGUACUUCAGAUAUUCUUGACAAUACUGUAGUCUGUACGAGCCGAAUAUGAUUCUUGAUUCAUACAAAAGACAUGAGUCGCCUACGCUGUGACAUAUGGUGCUAUUGUAGGAAAAGGGUUGUCUAAAAAUUUGAUGACGUAAACGGCGUAUUCAUUAUCGUUUUCGUAUGGUUGCGAAAACUCUCUAUUAUUAUUACUACUACACAUAUUCGGGUUAUUAGUCAGCCAUCAAUUAAAAUUACAACUUAGAGAAAUAAUGUUCGAAGAUGCAUGUUUCAUACAGAAAUAUGAUUAUGAUAUUACUUAUCAAAGUGUGAAAGUGAGUAUUGAUGACGUCAUUAUUAAUCAUGUUGUGAUCAAUAAAAAUAAUAAUUUUGGAAAAAAAAAACCUACUGAAAAUAUAGUAGAAACCUUUUUCAUUAAUACGUGUGCAUGAAUUGAAAAUUGUGACUUACUGCAGAGUAUUUUAUUACAAGUUAUAUCAAUUAGAACAUGAGUAUUGUAAGUCGGAAAAAAUACAAUUGUGAGGCCAAGAUUCUACGCCUCGUUCUUUAUUAGAACAUUGUCAAUUGGAUUGUCUCUACAGGUGGUAAUAAACAAACUAGUACUUGAAAUUGAA